AUGUACAACAAGGCUGUUAUUGAGGAUUCAGAGGUUAAUCAAAAGAAAAAGGAGAAGCCAAAGAGUAAGAUGAGAUAUGAAGCAUUGAUCAAUUUGAUCAUUGAGGUGAAGGAUGAGAAAUUAAAUGAUGAUGCCAUGGAGGGUGACAGACUCAGAUUCAUAAUGCUUGCUCGAAAGAGAUCAGCCAUGUUGAGGGUUUGGACACUUCGAGUCGCAUUUCUGAUUAUGCUUUGGACCAUUGCAGUGCAAUUCAGAGGCUUUGGUGACAUGGUAACACCUUCAAUGUUCAACACUCACUCUGCCUUCUCUCUACCACACCAUAGGAUUUAUGAGAAUAAUGGGUAUGUAAUGGUUUCUUCCAAUGGAGGAUUGAAUCAAAUGCGAGCUGGAAUAUGUGACAUGGUUACCAUUGCAAGAUAUUUAAAUGUUACACUCAUAGUUCCAGAGCUGGAUAAUACCUCCUUUUGGAACGAUCAUAGCCAAUUUAAAGAUAUUUUCGAUGUGGAUCAUUUCAUCAAUUCUUUGAGAGAUGAGGUUCUGAUACUGAAAGAGCUUCCUCCCCAACAAAAGCACAUGGUGGAAACAGAGUCCCUCUCUUCCAUGCCACCCAUUAGUUGGUCAAAUAUGUCAUAUUACUAUGAUGUGAUUCUUCCCCGUAUCAAAACAUAUGGGGUAGUACACUUCACUAAAUCUGAUGCAAGACUUGCAAAUAAUGGGGUUCCUGAGGAAGUUCAAAAAUUUCGGUGCCGAGUUAACUACCAUGCUCUGAGGUUUGUUCCUCCAAUUGAGCAAUUGGCCAAGAAGAUUGUUAAGAUUCUUAAGGCGAGAGGGCCUUUCUUGGCCCUUCAUCUCAGAUAUGAAAUGGACAUGGUUGCUUUCAGUGGCUGCAAUGAAGGAUGCAACACGGAAGAAAUUGAUGAGUUAACAAAAAUGAGAUAUUCUUAUCCAUGGUGGAAAGAGAAAGAGAUAGAUUCUGAGAAGAAAAGAAGAGAUGGUCUUUGCCCUCUGACUCCUGAGGAAACUGCUCUAACACUAAGUGCACUGAACAUUCAUAGUAAUAUUCAAGUUUAUAUUGCUGCUGGGGAAACAUACAAAUCAGAAAAAAGAAUGGCAAGUCUCAAAGAAGCCUUCCCAAACCUGGUUAAGAAGGAGACAUUAUUGGAACCCUCAGAGCUUGAUCCUUUCCGGAACCAUGCAAACCAAAUGGCAGCAUUGGAUUAUUACGUGUCAAUAGAGAGUGAUAUAUUUAUACCAUCAUACAAAGGGAAUAUGGCAAAACUAGUUGAAGGCCACAGAAGGUAUUUGGGAUUCAAGAAGACAAUUCUUCUAAACAGAAAACCUCUGGUUAAUCUCAUAGACCAGUACAAAAAUGGGACCAUAAGCUGGUACCAGUUCUCCACAUCAGUGAAGGUAGCUCAUGCAGAACGUGUAGGGAACCCAUCUACAAGAUCGUUGGUGCCUGGAAAUCCCAAGGAAGAGGACUAUUUCUAUACAAACCCACAAGAAUGCUUAUCACCUGUUGAUGGACCAUAA